AUGUGCCUGAACACUGGCUUUCCUUGCAACUGUCUGACCGACGGGAAUCCCUGUGAACCAUGCAGGAUGACGGCCAAAGACAGGGAGCCGGAGGAGGCCCACCUCUCCAACGUCAACACCACGGGUUCAGUGGAGAGCGUGUGUAAACUGGAUUUGGAGGACUCCGGCGGCGGAGCGGCAAAGGCGCGGGGUCGAAACUGGGGAUGGAUGCUGUCCGGGAUCAUUAGUGUGAACAUUUUGAUCCUGGGCAGUGCCCUGGUCAGCAGCAGUGCCUACAACAAUGUGAACAUCAGCAUGCCUGACCUGCAGAUCUUCCUCAUCAUCCUUCUCCUCCUCACCACCAUCUGGAUGAUUUAUUAUGUUAUCUACACAGCAAGGAAAGAAAAUGCUGUCAUUUACAAAGAUGGACAUGCUGGACCUGUGUGGCUCAGAGGUAAGUUGCUGCUGUUCUUGCUGUAGAGUGAAGUUUUCAGCUUCUCCUGCAUAUUUAGGGAAAGUUUCAUGACUUUUCUUCUUGUCUGUUUUUCAGCUGGACUCGUGCUGUUUGGGAUCCUCAGUAUCAUCAUGGACAUUUUCAAAAUUGCCAGCUACGUGGGCUACCUUCACUGCGACUCUGCUGUAAAGGUUGCUUUCCCCGUGGUGCAGCUCGUCUUUAUUCUUGUGCAGGUAAAAAAUGAGACAGAAAUUCAACAUUUACUCAGUCCUGUGGAAACGCAAAGUGUUAAAGGGAUGUUUUUCUCCGCAGACUUACUUCUUGUGGAUCCAUGCCAAGGACUGUGUGCAGCUACAAAGGAACUUUACGCGGUAGGUGAUUAAUGGAUUUUUGUCUUUGUUAACAUACUAACCCUGAGGGGAUUUAUUCUGAAAUUUGAGAUUAACCUCGACAACUGAGGAUAUUUUUACACUUAAGCUGCUGGCACAAUGCUGAUGUUUUAUUGCCAAAACGGGAGAUAGCUCAUCGGUCGGACCAUUAGAAAGCUCUUUCGCUGUAAACUGUAACAGAGCAGCAACAGAAAAGUACUUUCUUCAAUGGUUUAAUAAUUAAAUUCAAUGUUUAGCGAUGACAUAACUCAGUGAGGGGAAAAAUAGACAUAGUAGAAAAUAGAAAAUAGACAAAAACCUUCAGUUUUGUAUUCACCGUGGUGGACUUGUGAAACCAGCAAAUAUUUACAUUGCAUUCAAGGUAAGGCAAGGCAUGACAAAUGUAUUUGUUUAGCACGUUGCAGCAACUAGGCAGUUCACACAAGUUAUGAAUCAUGACAGAAAUCACAGAAACACAUGGAAAAAGAACGUUUUAAAAACAUGUGAAAGACAGACUUUUAAAAAGCCUUUCAAUUUAAUGCAAAGAGAAAUAAAAACAGCAAAAACAGAACAUUAAAAUGCAAUAAUUCAUGUUUAAAAGUGACCUUGCAGUGUUGUAAAGAUAGAUGUUAACAUUUUCUGUAAAAAUAGACAGUUAACAGGUGAGCUGUAAAUAAUAAGCGUUUCAUUCUCUGGGAGUUUGUUCCUGAUAUGUGAAAGAUAAACACUGAAUGCUGCCUCUCUGUGUUUGCGCCUGACUCUCCCAGAUGAAGUGGUCUGGAUAGAUUUUAUUAAUUUGACUCCAGACUAUCCAAUACUUCAUGAAUCGGGUGUAUAUUUAAAAAUCUAUUCUUGUCCAAACCUGUCUCGCAAUUUGGUCUUGGUGAGGACUCGAGCUGCAGCGUUCUGAGUCAGCUACAGUUGUUGGAUUGAUUCAGCAUAAAAAAAGAAAGAUACACUGAUUUAGGCUGCUUAAUAAUUUAGUGAACAAGAUUCAGCCUGGAAAUGCUUUUGCUAUCAUGACUUUGAGUUUUAAUAUGCAAGUUUUUGACUGUAUCUGUUCCCUAAAUGUUUUUUUUUCUCCUUCUCUUUUCAUUCAGCUGUGGGUUGAUGCUCACUCUCUCCACAAACCUAGUCAUAUGGAUGACUGCUGUGACCGAGGAGUCCCUCCACCAAACUGAAUCACCCGAGUACCCAACAAGUAACUCUACUAAACUCCAGGGACGGAGGUUGUACAUCAACAGAGGUAAUAAAAGGAAGUAAAUAAAGCAAAGUCGACACAGCAAUCAUAAAAAUCUCAUUUCUCACUAACUUUUCUCUGUGUUUUGUGUUUUUCAGCUGGUUACGGAGACGAUACGUGCAAAUGCAGCCACUCCUCAUGCAGCAUCUUCAAGGAAGCCUACUACUACUUGUACCCCUUCAACAUCGAGUACUGCCUCUUUGCGUCCGCCAUGGCCUACGUCUUGUGGAAAAAUGUCGGCAGAGUGGUCGACGAUCACACUCACCACAAGAUCAAAUUCACUCUAAAGGGUGUGAUCCUCGGUCCCGUGACGGGGGUCCUCUUAGUGGUGGCAGGUCUGGCAACCUUCAUCGCGUAUGAGAUGGAAAUACAGAAAGAUGAUACUGAUGAGAGCAAGACGGACAAAGCAGUGAUGAUGCACUUUGUUAUGAACAUAGUAAUAGUGACCCUGAUGUCGGUCGUCAGUGUGAUCGGCUGUGCGGUGUACAGAGUGGACCACAGGGAGCACGUGUCAGAUAAAAACCCCACGCGCAGCCUGGAUGUGGGACUGCUGGUAGGCGCCUCCCUAGGGCAGUUCAUCAUCAGCUAUUUCACCAUCGUUGCUAUGGUUGCAACUGGAGCGAAAGGCCACUUGAACAGGCUCAACCUAACUUGGGCCCUCCUGAUGGUGAUCCAGCUCGCCCUGCAGAACUUUUUCAUUAUCGAGGGUUUACACAGGGAGCCUUUCCAUGAGGUGGAGCCGACGGUCUCUGUGCUCUCAAAUCCUUAUGUGCUGCAGCCAAACAAAGAGCUGAGCAGCUUUGAAGGAUCAGAAAUGGACACAAAACCCAGCUCAGUACCCACAGCACACGGCCUUCACGGCCUUCAUGGCCACUCAACAGAGCACCGACCCAAACUGUCGUGGAAGAGACGGGUUCUGAAGGAGGUCUGUGUGUUUCUGCUGCUGGGAAACGUCAUAGUGAGUAUCAUUCAUCCUCAUACAUUCAAAUCCACAUUUUAAAAAAGUCGUUUAAUACUCAACCUGUUCUCCUUUUUCUGUCUUUGGCAGCUGUGGAUCAUGCCAGCGUUUGGAGCUCGCCCCCAGUUUGACCACGACACUGAAACAGAAUUCUACAAAUUCAACAUGUGGGCCGCAGUUGUGAAUGUCGGACUUCCUUUUGGCAUCUUUUACCGCAUGCAUUCAGUCGCCAGCCUGUUCGAGGUUUUCCUUACAUCAUAACACCACAUGUUAAGCUCAUGAAGUGUACAGCUGACUGUUCAGACUCUGCAAGGCUGUUUUGUAAAUUGUAAGUCUGUUUUGAUGAUGCUUUUUUAUUUCACUGUAAUUGGUGGAGUAGAUUUUGACUGACUAUAUCACCACCUCCUCGAUUCAAUCCUGUAAAUGUGACCAUGUACAUGAAUUCAAAAUGUUAUUUUCAAGUAUGAAUUUUUAUGACUAGUUUAUGCUCCAGUCUCUGUAUGCACAUAAUAAAAAGCAAUGUAUUUAACUGCUGA